CCUUCCAGGACCUCCUCAAGCACACCCCGGCUGACCACCCCGACUACCCGCUGCUCCAGGAUGCCCUCCGCAUCUCGCAGAACUUCCUCUCCAGCAUCAAUGAGGAUAUCGAUCCCCGGAGGACAGCGGUCACCACCCCCAAGGGCGAGACCCGGCAGCUUGUCAAGGAUGGCUUCUUGGUGGAGCUGUCAGAGGGCUCGCGGAAGCUGCGGCACGUCUUCCUCUUCACCGACGUGCUGCUCUGUGCCAAGCUGAAGAAGACGGCGGUGGGGAAGCACCAGCAGUACGACUGCAAGUGGUACGUGCCCCUGGCCGACCUGGUGUUCCCCUCGCCGGAGGAGUCGGAGCACUGCCCGCAGGUCCACGUCAUCCCCGACCACGAGCUGGAGGACAUGAAGAUGAAGAUCUCGGCCAUCAAGAGCGAGGUGCAGAAGGAGAAAGCCAACAAGGGGCAAAGUCGGGCCAUCGAGCGCCUCAAGAAGAAGAUGUUUGAGAACGAAUUCUGGCUGCUCCUCAACUCGCCCGCCAUCCCCUUCCGCAUCCACAACCGCAACGGGAAGAGCUACCUCUUCCUGCUGUCGUCCGACUACGAGAGGUCUGAGUGGAGGGAGGCCAUUCAGAAACUGCAGAAAAAGGACCUCCAGGCCUUUGUCCUGAGCUCGGUGGAACUGCAGGUGCUCACGGGAUCCUGUUUCAAGCUACGCACCGUCCACAAUAUCCCGGUCACCAGCAAUAAGGACGAUGACGAGUCCCCCGGGCUCUACGGGUUCCUGCACGUCAUCGUCCACUCCGCCAAGGGCUUCAAGCAGUCUGCCAGUAACAAGGCCAGGACCGGGUUUUUCCGGGCCCCCCCCGAGCCGCAGUGGAACGAGGAGUUUGAGAUCGAGCUGGAGGGCUCCCAGUCCUUGCGCAUCCUCUGCUACGAGAAGUGCUACGACAAAACCAAGCUCAACAAGGACAACAACGAAAUUGUGGACAAGAUCAUGGGCAAGGGGCAGAUCCAG